AUGCAACUCAAGAAAGGUUUGAGGAAGGGAAAACAGACAUAUCUAGCCACGGUGGUGGUAGAUAAAGAAGUAGGCAAAGAGUUGGUACCUACAACCAUCCAAGCGGUGUUGUAUGAGUACAAGGAGGUGAUGCCAGAUAAGUUGCCUCACGAAUUACCUCCACUAUGGGGUGUGAAGCAUGAGAUCGAGUUGUUUCUAAGAGUGAAACCACCUGCAAAAGGGCCAUAUCGAACGGCGCCUCCAGAGUUAGUAAAAUUGAGGAAGCAACUUGAUGAAUUAUUGGAAGCGGGAUAUGUUUGCCCUUCUAAAGCACCAUUGGGAACACCGGUGCUGUUUCAAAAGAAACAUGAUGAGAGCCUACGAAUGAAGUUCGUAGAGGGUUAUUCACGGAGAACAACCCCUAUGACAGAACUACUAAAGAAGGGUCAUGGGUGGAACUGGACAGAGGAGUGUCAGGGAGCCUUUGAUGACUUGAAGGAUGCCAUGAUGAGAGAUCCGGUACUGGCUCUUCCGGAUGUCAUGAAACCCUUCGAGGUACAGACAGAUGCAUCAGACUUCGCCCUUGGAAGAGUCUUGGUACAGGAGGGGCACCUUGUUGUGUAUGAAAGUCGUAAGCUUAGUAAAGCAAAGCGAAAGUACACAUCUUAA